CCCAGCUAUACCACACCGAGGGCAUUGCCCGACUCUGGUCCACUGCUGGAAGCACCUGCACACAGCGGGCACCUGCGCGGGAAGCAUUCCAUGCAGAAUAUUAUGUGUCCUGUAGCUCUGAAAGCCACGUAGCAUGAGGCAGGGCACACUUCGCGCAGUCACGACGAGCUUGUCCCCCGACUGGGAGGUGGCCGGAGCGCUGGGUUGAGGGGCUCGGUAGGGGGCCUGGGGGAAACGCGACGCUGGUUUUUACAUCAGCGCUCUGUCAAGAUUCCACAAUGUGCAAGAUUGUCCAACCGAACGGAUAGCGCUCUGCAAUAGCCUAGCUUGCCGGACGCGACGAUAUUUUUCAAAGGGAUUGCCUUUCUUGGUCGUUGCAAGCGUUCAUCCGCUUUGGGUCUUCUACUUAUGUCUACCUCGUUAUCAGCAAGCCUCUGUGCGCCACGGCCUCUGAAAGCACACUAGAAGACCGGCAAUGCUGGUUGGCGUGCUUUCGAGCGGCUGGGGCGCGGUGGUUCUUGUUGUGCUGGGAUUGUACAACCUUGUACUCUCCUCGAGCACUCCGGCCCUCGAGGAAUGCAGGCGAGGUUUCUCUUUCGGUGAUAAUGAAACCUUCGUAGUCUCGAGGACACUCUGCGCAACUUUGCUACCCAAGAUUAUACCCCGUCCCUGAUCUCCGAGCAACGCUCGACGCCUGGAGCCCGACCCUCCCGCUGUCCUUCCCCUCCUUACACCAAACACCAUCGCCAGCUUCUGCGAUACCUGAGCUGGCUCUGGGCGCAUUAUAGACGCAUUCACGACAGAAGGACGAGAACGCGAAAAUGCGCGCAGAGCUUCCCGUCGUCUCUUUCCUCUGCUUAGGUCUCCUCGUCCUCUUGUCGCCUGUCUGGCUUCACACCCGUAAUGCAGCCGUGAUCUCGCUUGCAGCAUGGCUGUUCUGCUGUAACGUCAUUCACGGAAUCAACGCGCUGCUAUGGGCCGGAAGCGUCGCUAUACGCUCGCCGGUAUGGUGUGACGUAGUGACAAGAGUUCUCUUAGCAUCCCAACUAGCUCUUCCAGGCUGCGCUCUGGCAUUGGCUCGAAGGCUAAGACGAUGUGCGAUUGGCCAGGAGGUGUCGCAGAAAGCUCACACGUUCAUGCAAGAUCUUACGUUCAGCCUAAUACUCCCUGUUCUUUACAUCAUCCUUCACGUCAUCGUCCAAUCACAUCGUUUCGACAUCGUCGAAGACUUCGGCUGCUUCGCGUCUAUCGAUACAUCUACAGUCUCCAUAAUCGUCAUCUGGAUCCCUCCUCUCGCCAUCUGUAUUACUACUGUUGGGUUCGCUUUCCUCGCCGUCCGUGGCCGCUUAGACAGCGGCCUGGUGGUUUUCAGUCACAUGUCAGACUCCCCGCAUCUAAAUAUCUUCGCUUUCCUGAGACCACUCAUUACUUCCCUUUCUGUGUCCUUGAUCUCAUUCUCCAUCACUAUCUUCUCCAUAUACGCACGAGUCACCGCAAUUGACGGGAUCGAGAAGUGGACGAUCGACACUUGGAGCGUGGUGCACGCACACGUCACCGAGGUGUCUAUCGUCUCUCCGACAGACCGUAUUGACCUUGUCAGGACCGAGGUCGAGUGGUGGAUGAUCCCGGCCUGUUCCUUCGUCUUCAUCCUGAUCACCCUGACCGGCCUCGCACAUCCCCCAGGAAGCGACUCCUGGCGCGGGUACAAGGUCCUCGCCCACUGGUUCCGCUUCACGGUCCUACGCCAACGGCUACCCGACCGCCUCCCGCUCUCCUCCAAGGACUUCCGCCCCCAGGCUCUUCGCAGCGAACCGUCUUCGCCCAGUCUCAUCGCAGAAGUCAAAUCACAGCAGGGGGACACAUGGCGUCCCUCUCAACCUACGAAGGUCAAGCUGACCCCGCUCACGAUUCCAGAGAGGCCGGCAUCCACCUUUGAGCUGUCGACCUCCCCUGACGAUCCCUUCGUCAAGUCGACGCUCGACUACGUCGGGUCUCCGACUGGCCGCGAAGCCCUCGCGCUCCCGCACAUGAGCAUUCCUGUUCCUCCCGCUCCUCGUCCUUCGGUCCAGCGGAAGGCUGUCCCGCCCUCCUCACACGACGUACCGCGGUCUGUCUCAUCGUCGCCCCAAAGACGUACGUCAUCGCCACAGAAGGCGUCCCGCCGGGAGUCGCUCCUGGCAGGCCCCUGGCCGCGCCCGCCCUCAACGGUCGUACUCCCCGAUUCGCCCCGCACACCGUCUCCGAAGUCGAGCAGCGCGAUGAUUGCUAUCCAGCCCCCUUCUCCUGCAUCGAGUGCUCACGACCACGCUGCCUCGCCCAAGCGGCCGCCGAGCGUCAUGUCCGCGACGCCGAGCUUCGCGUCCUCGACGAUGACGUAUGGCUCGUUUUUUGACGAUUCUGACACGAACGACACGCCGUUCCAGGAGCACCUGGCGGACCUCGCGCUGCACCCUGAGCUCGCUGUCCCGAGGCAUUUGCAAAGGGUGCGGAGCAGGGACAAGCUUCCGCGGAGCUUCGGUCCGGGCUCGAGGAGGCGGAACGGCUCGGACGGGUUAUCUGGCGGGAUCUAUAUGACGGUGGUGAAGGAGACCGUCUAAGUCAUUGCAAGGCUCGGUAUUCAUUUCCCUGAUUUGUGCGUUUAUUCUCCGACAGGUCGAUCCACUCAUCUCUUCGUGUUCUGUCGUUCCUUGCGAGCGCCGCCUUAUUCAUAACAAGGACAUUUUGUGCGACUGUAGCACAUUCUCGCUUCGUACACUCCUGUAUCUAUCUCCGGCAAUCUGUAGCAUAUAUAUACUUGUC